GGCGGAAGUGCAGGUUCAUCCCGAAGCCGCGCGUCGCGCUGGGGCUUGGAGUCCGUUUGUCUUUCUGGUCGGCUAGUGACCCGGAAGCUUCCCCGGCUGUCGCGUCAUGUGUGGCGCCGGCGCAGAGCGGGCGGGAGGCGGGAACGCUUUGAGGCGAGUGCGGCUGGCUGAGCCGAGGCAAGCUUCGGCGGGGCUCUGGGAGGUUCCCGACUCGCAAUGGCGCCCCCUGCGACCUAGGCGCCCGCGCGCGCGCGCCACAUCAGUGCCUUCAAAUCUUAAAAAUUAAGAAAAACAUUCUACCUCUGUGUGCGUCAAGAUGGUCUUCAACUUCUGUCAUACCUCGAAUUACUACCCACUACACUGUGUAUCCCCGGGACAAGGACCGGCGAUGGGAAGGAGUGAACAUGGAGAGAUUCGCGGAGGAAGCGGACGUGGUGGUGGUGGGCGCCGGCCCCGCGGGGCUCUCUGCCGCCGUUCGGCUGAAGCAGCUGGCUGCGGAGCACAACAAGGACAUCCGCGUGUGUCUGGUGGAGAAGGCUGCUCAGAUCGGCGCGCACACGCUCUCGGGAGCCUGCCUCGAUCCAGGGGCUUUCAAAGAACUCUUCCCAGACUGGAAGGAGAAGGGGGCUCCACUUAACACUCCUGUAACAGAAGACAGAUUUGGAAUUUUAACAGAGAAACACAGAAUCCCUGUGCCAAUUCUUCCAGGUCUCCCAAUGAACAAUCACGGCAAUUACAUUGUGCGCCUGGGACAUUUAGUGAGCUGGAUGGGAGAACAGGCUGAGGCCCUUGGCGUUGAAGUUUACCCUGGCUAUGCUGCUGCGGAGGUGCUAUACCAUGACGAUGGUAGUGUAAAAGGAAUUGCCACAAACGAUGUAGGAAUACAAAAAGAUGGUGCCCCAAAGACCACAUUCGAGAGAGGGUUGGAACUGCACGCCAAAGUCACGGUCUUCGCAGAGGGUUGCCACGGACACCUGGCCAAGCAGCUCUACAAGAAGUUCGAUCUGAGGGCUGACUGCGAACCCCAGACCUAUGGGAUUGGGCUGAAGGAGCUGUGGCUCGUGGACGAGAAGAAGUGGCGGCCCGGGCGGGUGGACCACACCGUGGGCUGGCCGCUGGACAGACACACGUACGGGGGCUCCUUCCUCUACCACCUGAACGAAGGCGAGCCCCUCGUGGCCCUGGGCUUCGUGGUGGGCCUGGACUACCAGAACCCGUACCUGAGUCCCUUCCGAGAGUUCCAGCGGUGGAAGCACCACCCCAGCGUCGCGCCCACCCUGGAGGGCGGCAAGAGGAUCGCCUACGGGGCCAGGGCUCUCAACGAAGGCGGCUUGCAGUCCAUCCCAAAGCUCACCUUUCCCGGCGGCUUACUGAUCGGCUGCAGCCCUGGGUUCCUGAACGUGCCCAAGAUCAAAGGCACGCACACGGCCAUGAAGAGCGGCAGUCUGGCAGCAGAAGCGAUCUUUAAUCAACUGACUGCUGCAGAUCUGCAGUCACAGACAGGACUCCAUGUAACUGAGUACGAGGACAAUUUGAAGAAGUCCUGGGUGUGGAAAGAGCUAUACUCUGUUAGAAACAUCAGACCGUCGUGCCAUGGGAUCCUGGGUGUGUACGGAGGGAUGAUUUACACUGGAAUAUUCUACUGGAUUUUGAGAGGAACAGAGCCAUGGACCCUAAAACAUAAAGGCUCUGACUCUGACCAGCUCAAACCGGCGAAGGACUGCACGCCCAUCGAGUACCCCAAGCCCGACGGCAAGAUCAGCUUUGACCUCCUGUCGUCCGUGGCUCUCAGCGGCACCAACCACGAGCACGACCAGCCAGCGCACCUGACCCUGAAGGACGACGGCGUGCCGGUCCGCAGGAACCUGUCCGUGUACGACGGGCCCGAGCAGCGCUUCUGCCCGGCGGGAGUUUAUGAAUUUGUACCCUUGGAACAAGGUGAUGGAUUUCGACUGCAGAUAAACGCCCAGAACUGUGUGCACUGCAAAACAUGUGAUAUUAAGGACCCCAGUCAGAACAUUAACUGGGUGGUGCCUGAAGGCGGAGGAGGACCUGCCUACAACGGAAUGUGAACUGCAGCUGGUUCCACUGGCAGGCGCACUUCAUAGUCAGAUUCUUUAAAAUGCGGCUGUGUGGCAAGCUAACUUUACAAUGUCUUGGUGGGGCUUGGUGGUGCACCCCUGUAAUGCCAGCACUCAGGAGGCUGAGGCAGGAGGACUGCCGAGUGUUCAAGGCCAGCCUGGG